AUGACGAAGCUCGUGAAGCGUCUCUCGCGCGGGGGCCCUCCCCCCGCGGGAGGAGCCAAGUCGAAGUCCCCGGGAGGCGGCAAGAUGAGCGCCCGCGCCCAGCCCGAGAAGAAGAGCAAACACUCCUCGUGGAAGGACGACUACAACAAGGAUCCGAAGCACAAGUGGAAGGGCCGCGCGGGGAAGGCGGUGAGAGCGCGCGAGGAGGCGAAGCGGCCGGGGUUCGAGCGCGGUCGCGAGCUCACGGUCGCGGAGGUGGCGAAGAUGAUGGCGCCGGUGAUACAGCCGGUGCGGGCCAAGUACAGCGGUCAAGGAUUCGCCAAGCCGUCGUGUUUUCUCGAGCUGCGAGACGCCAACUUCAGCGAGCGGCUGACGCAGCUGUACGACGAGCACGUGGACGGGUUCACCGGGAAGAGCUUUCAGAAGAUGGGCAACGCGCAGGAUAACAUGCUGUGGCGGCAGCGGCUGAAAGCCAAGGCGGAGGCGGACGGAACCGUGAAGAAGAAGAAGAUGAAGCGGCGGCGGGACGACGACGACGACGGCGACGGCGGCGGCGGCGGCGACGGCGACGACGGGAGGGAGGGGGCGGGCUCAGGCGCGAGCGGCGGCGGAGGCGGCGCGCGCUGGAAACGGAAGGACGCGUCCAGCGGCGGCGGCGGCGGGGACGAGCCGUGGAUGGGCACGACGACGACCGACCCCGCGUCUGGCGGCGGCGGCGGCGGCGGCGGCGGUACAGCUGGCGGCGGCGGCGGCGGCGGUACAGCUGGCGGCGGCGGCGGCGGCUUGAGCAGAAAACAAAAGAAACUCGCGGCGCAGAUGGGGCUGUCCGAAGACGCCUUCUUGAAGAUGCAGACCGCGAAGGUGAAAGUCGAGGUGGACGAAAAGGUGAGGGAUGGCGCGAUCGCGGCGUACCGCGCGAUGCAGCGCGCGAAGCUCUCGAAGCAGAACGCCCGCGGGAGGUGA